CUUUACUCUACACGACACGAAGUACAGUUGCACAACCUCAAGGCCUCGAAGCUGUAUUAUUUGCUCAUAACUCUACAGCGUCAGUGUGCGUCAGUACUUGAAUUGUCGGUGCCUAGUAAGUCCUUGCGGAGUACAAGAUGUUGGAAAGCGCAGGGCAGGCACGGUAUGCUAGCAGGUAGGGUAGGUACUGCAAGUAGGCGCGUCCUGCACAGGCCAUCACAGAAGUGAAUUGAGUGAAUGUAAGGGAUCUUGAUACCUCGACCUAAGGGAGAGACAAACACUGUGACUCACAGCUGUCGCUUAUCUAAAUCAAUUUCACAUUUAACCCAGGUCUACUCUAUAAGGAUACCUACCUCUCACUGUGGCGUAGCCGAGUGUAGAUAGGUAGGUAUCGGGUUGGUUUCUUGUUUACUUACCUACAUAGGUACGCAACCGAGUCUGGCUGCUCUUGACCUAGCAACAACAAACGCCUGCAUCUUGAUUCCCACUUUCCUCAUCCUCAUCCUUCUCAAUCCCAGCAGCUUCAACUUCAGCCUCAGCCUUAGCCUCGGCCUUGAUCGUCACACCCAGACUGGGAUACUCGACAGCCCCGAGUUUCCUGUUUCCCCUGAUUCCCUUGAUUCCUUUGAUUCCCUUGUCACCACGCCUUCCUGCUACUGAAUCUCAUGUAAGAAGCUGUGAAAUGCCCAGCAUGGACCAGUCUGAAGAUCCACCUGUAAAGUCGGAGCCUUUGACUGAACCUGUCACUCCCACCAAGAAUGGCGUCAUCAAGGCUGAGCCCUCGGGUACAUCAUCUCUGUCGCACUUGCCCUCACGACCUGCUGCUCAAGCUACACCAGAACUUGCACCACGCUCCGGCGAGGAGAAAUUGGGUCAUGGCCACCCCGGCGAGGCCGAUGCUCUUGAGCGUUUGUGUAAUAACGAGGCACCGGACACACUCGAGAACGCCGUCUCAGUUGCCACUGGUUUUCUUGAUCAACUACAGGAUGCCUUGACUACUUGCGAGAGCCCGGAAGUCGACGUUUGGAAUGAAACAAUCGUCGGUCUCCAAGCGCGUACCGCACCAACACGAACCGUCGUGGGUGUUGUCGGCGAUACUGGCGCUGGAAAAAGCUCCGUUAUCAAUGCUUUGCUUGACGAGGAAAGACUUCUGCCAACGAACUGUCUGCGGGCAUGUACCGCCUCUCCUACUGAGGUAUCUUUCAACUACUCAGAUGAUCCCCAAGAACUGUAUCGAGCCGAGGUCGAGUUCAUCUCUGCCGAUGACUGGAUUCGAGAGCUGCAGAUCUUGUUCACCGAUCUUUUGGACGGCAGUGGCCAGAUAGCUCGUGACGCCACUAAGACUGAAACCGAUGCUGGAAUUGCCUACGCCAAAGUGAAAGCAGUCUACCCGCAGAAGACUAGGGACAUGCUUGCUCAAGCCAGCCCUCAGGACCUAGCUAACGAGCCAGCCAUUCGUGCCAUUCUUGGGACUACAAAGAAACUCGCAAAAGAGACGGCUCAAGGCCUCUAUCAGGGAUUGCAGCAUUAUGUCGACAGCAAGGAGAAAUCAACUGGUACCGUUGGUAAGAAGGGGAAACCAGACACUUCUAUGGAAUAUUGGCCGCUUAUCAAGGUGGUCCGAAUAUUUACAAAGGCUGACGCUCUUUCUACUGGAGCUGUGGUGGUUGAUCUGCCUGGUGUUCAAGACUCGAAUGCAGCUCGAGCAGCUGUAGCAGUGAACUACAUGAAGUCCUGCACCGGUAUCUGGGUUGUGGCUCCAAUCACUCGCGCCGUUGAUAAUCAAACAGCAAAAUCCUUACUUGGCGAUUCUUUCAAAAGACAGCUCAAGUAUGAUGGAACCUAUACGGCUGUAAGCUUCAUCUGUUCGAAGGCAGAUGAUAUCUCAAACGAAGAGGCUAGCAGAAGCCUCGGUCUCGAAGCCGAGUUCUCAGAAUCUUGGAACGCCGCUGAAGAGAUGGAGAAAACAGUAAAGUCAUACCAGGCUCGUAUUUCUAGUAUCAAGGAGAAAAAGGCAAUGAUUUGGCAACAAUCUGAGGAGUGCGACAAUGAUACCGACGUCUGGGAAGACUUGGAAACCCAACUAUCAACAGGUGAUACAGUCUAUGCACCAUCAAACCCCAAGAAGCGGCACCGAAGUGUAGAAUCUCUCGAGAACAGUGAAAGCCGCAUACCCCUGACAGAAGAUGAUAUCGAGGAUCAGCUAUCGUCACUGAGAGCAAAGCGAAAGCAAUUGCGAAAGGAGAGAUCCUUAUUCGAUGCCGAGAUUAUUAAGAUCAAGGAGGCUAUUCGUGCGACUCAAGCAAAGCGGGAGAGGAUUCUUGAAGACGUCAGGGCGAGUCUCAUCCAGGGCCGAAACAACUACGCAAAAGGUGCUAUCAAGGCGGAUUUUGCGACGGGAAUCAAAGAACUUGACCAAGAGAACGCUGUAGAGGAAGAUGAUGCGGCAUUUGACCCUGAUCAUGAUGCUCGUGAUUAUGCUGAGAUUGCCCGCAAUCUUCCCGUCUUCUGCGUCAGCAGUCGUGCCUAUCAAAAACUCAAAGGAAAGCUGGAGCGGGACGACUUCAUGAGCUAUGGUUUCCAAUCGAUCGAAGAUACCGAGAUCCCGAAGUUGCAGGAGCAUGCAAAGAAGCUGACUGAAGCUCGCCGCAUCAGUCAUUGCCGCCAGUUUCUGAACGAUUUGUCUCAGCUUAUCAAUUCGAUGAAGCUAUGGUCAGCUAACGAUGACACGGAGUCAAAUCUAUCCGAUAGUGAGAAAGACCAGGAAGAGAAGCACCUGCAGAAACUGCUGGACCAAUUGGAAGAGGAUCUCCAAUCGUCACUAAAGCGCUCGAUAGCACUCAUUCAGUCCUCUCUGCAGGAGCAUAUCUUUGAUAAUAUAGCUUCAACUACGCCGUCGGCAAUCGAAGCCGCUCCCAAUACUGCUUAUUCUUGGGGUGCACAUCGAAGCGAGGGUGGCUUAUUCUGGGCAACAUACAAGGCAACAGUUCGCCGCCAGGGCGUUUACUGUGGUGCGUCUGGGCCUAGGGACUUUAAUUCAGAGCUCUUUGAUCCUAUAUCCCGACGCCUAGCAACUGGCUGGGAACGAGCUUUCCAGCGUUGCGUUCCACGUAUACUGAAAGCCUUUGCAACGGAAGCGGUCGACGAGCUGAAGCAGUUUCAUCAGACAGUGAAGGCUCGAGCGGAAGAGCGCCGAAAUAGAACUGCUGGAAUAGCCACUCUAUCAAGCCAAAUAUCGGCGCAUGCUCGAACUUUGGAAGCACUGCCAGGGGCUAUGAACGAGAAAAUGACGGCCUCUCAACGUGAGGCUAGCCGAUCUUUCACCCCCGUCAUCCAGGAUGAGAUGGGCGAUGCCUACACCAUCUGCACUAACGAGCAUGGGACAGGUUCAUAUGCCCGAAUGAAGGCAGCAAUGUUAAAUCAUGUAGACACCGCUCGUCAUACCAUGUUCGACAACGCUACUGACGAAGUCAAGCAUGAACUUGGGAUAACGUGUCGAAGCGUGAUGGAGGAUAUUUGUGCGACAAUUGACACUAUCUUUACAACCAUCACUUCAGAGUACAAGCGUACUUUAGUGGGAGAUACAUCUUCCGGCAUGCCGAAGAUACUGACCCCCGAUGAACUUGAGAUGCGAAGCCGUGUGCACAAAGUUUUACUGGGUAGCAACACGACGUUCGCUCCCAUCUUAGGUGAACCCGCUUGUGAGGUAUCGCAUAACGAGGGCGCCGAAAAUGUCGAGUUGGAGGAUAGUAAAGAUAUGGACGCGCUUAUCCAAGCCGACAUCCGAGAUCAAGACUCGACCGAUGAAUCGUAGGACGGCUUGUCGGAUCACGCCCAAACAUAUUGGUUAAAGUCUAAGUUGAAAUCAGAGGCAUAGUUUCCGAAAAACCUCUUACAAGAGAAUCGGAUCUGUAGAAACAGUUGUGCUCAAAUUAUGAGUUAACUGAGCAGUGUACCGCGCUGGAGAUUGUUGCUAAAAAUUGCAAAUUUCCGAGCCGAACCUCAAAAACUACGAGAGGGGAUUUGAUUGGCUGACCUUAGCCCAAAUGAUAAAGGCGUCGAAACUGCGCUUAGAAUUGCAAGGCCUGCGUGUAUUUAUACUGAAAGAAAAGAAGGAAGGAAAUGGGUUCUACCAAGUCAAACGAGCAAAAUGCCUAGGCCAUUGAUAGCCCACUAUAUUAUUUAUUAAAAGCAAGAAGGAGUGUUAUCGCCAGUGUUAUGAUUAAGGUCUAAUCACCGUACAACUACCUACGAUUGAUUGUUUGGAAGGAACAAGUAUUUGAACGAUGGUUUCGCCAACGUUUACUGAACUGGGCAGGAGGCGGUACGGGGACGCGAGGAUCC